AGCUCUCAUAGCUCCAACCUCCCAGCUCCAAACUUCUCUCUUCAUUCUCAGCGGGGAACUUCGCCAGGCACGAGUUCUUCCGUACCGAAUUUUGAACCUCCGUGCGCCUCGGAUAAUGAUCUAGUUGUGCCUGUAAUGGCUCCGGCUCCGGAAGCCUACUUCGCGUCCCUGGACAAAUGUUUCUCUGGGGACGCCCAGCUGCUGUCUUGGGAACGUGCAUUCAUAGCUCUUUGUGAAUUAGGUAACCAGACAACGGAAGCUGGAAAUGUCUCAACCUUUUUGUCACAACCAGAAAGUGUUCGUUUACUUUCGAAUUAUUUGACACCAUUCAACCCACCAUCCGCGAAAUCCAAGUCCGAGUUUGAGUCAAAAACCGCUGCAAUUCAUGUCGAUGCAUCGCCUCAAGCCUCAUACAAAAUCGAUGAAAUAAAAGCCGACGCACUAUGGCUAAGUCAGAAAGCAGGAAUAGACGAGAUAUCAGCUCUGAGGAUUACUGUUUUAGAAUGGCAGGAUAGGCCUAGCGCUCGCCUCGUGGGCAGGUUUUCUGAAGAGGAAGCAACAAGUUUACAAGAUGCGACUGGUGUGGACAAUUUUCGUGUGUCGUUGGCUGGUCCUCAAUUAAAAGAAGUCCUCACGCGAAUCAACGGAAGCUCAGAUACCAGUUUCUCCUCGGAAGAUUCUAGGCGCAAAAGACUGCGAAAAAUUUACCUCGCCGAACGAAGCCAUAUUCUAAAGACAUCUCGAAAACUACUUGCUUUUUCCUUGCGUGAUACGAUUCCGUCUGAUGCUAGCCUGAUACCACCCCCGAAGACUUCGAAUGCGUCAGUAGAAAAUGAUACACUUGCAGAUCUGGGACAGCAGAUAUUCGGGAAAGAGAAAACUGAAGCCGAGAGCAGCGGUUUCCUAGAAGAGGCGAUCAAAGGCAUUCAGAAACGCCUGGCUAGUUUCCAAAAUGAAGGCGGUUGGCUGUCAGCAUCUGAGAGCGACGAGGAAACUGAAAACGCAUGGCGAACAACUCUUGUUGACGAGGUUGUGCAUGUCAUGCAAAUAAUUCUGUUGAAGGCUCAAUCUUUGAAGUGUAUUCCAAGCGGAGAUGUGGUUUUGAAAUGGCUCCAACUCAUGGUAGAGUGCAAUUUUAUGGAACCAAUAAUUCCGCCAUGCGAGGAUCCUUUGGUUCUCAGAUUAUCCCUACAAGUCCUAACAUCUGCGACAACUCUCGCUUUGCUGAAGCUUCCUGAUUCGCUGACGUUGGUGGUGAAGAAUUCUAAACUAUCUCAAGCCGAAGCCCUAUCCCACUCCCAGCCAUACUUUCUUUCCCGCAAACAUAUAACUGAAAUAAACGAGAUUUUCCUCAGCACAGUUGACAUGGGAAUUUUAGGCGCUAGCCCUGCUGCUUUCGCAUGGGGUGCAAUCUUGUUCGCAAUGCGAGAAAUCGGACUUGACGCCAAAGAAAGAAGAGAGAUGGAACAAUUUCAUAGUGCAGUGGACUCUUUUCAGUCAAAUACUCCUGCUGCAUCACCAUUGCGUUCGUCGGAGCAGACUUUUUAUGAGGAAUUGUUGGAUGUCGUGCGCGUACCGGCCUACGGAGACCGAUUCGUUGAUAUCUUAACCAUAGGGUCUAUCGAACAAGGACAACUUUUCGAUGUUAUCACCAAUAUUGCGUCUACUGUAGACACAUUAUCCGCUAUUGACGAUGCCAUAACCAGCCUGUGGAUUCGUGGCUCAUUGUUAGGCGUUGUACGACUGGGUUCUCAAUUACUAGAAUAUUCACCAGAUCUUGUUUCCGCCACAUUAUCUAUCUUGAAUGGUCCUAACGAAUCAUUGCGGCUCAACGAAACGUCCAUUGAUUAUCCUAGUGAUCCGCGUUACGUGUUUCUAAAUGAUGAAAAUCUUAUGGGCCGUGUUUUUCACAUCUCUCGCUCUCGCUUUCCAUAUGAAGCAGUGCCAUUCAUCCGGCUAUGCCGGGCGUUGGCUGGAAAAGAUGGCGCCAAUGAGGCUGGAGCUUCUUUCGUUUUCAAUCAACUCGAGGCCAUGGAAACUUUUACUCAAGUUGUGUCUCCCGAUUUUCAAGGCUAUGAAACCAUACGUGAAGACGAAAAUGCUAAUUUUGUGUCUCUUGUUCAACCAAUACCCAUGUUGACUUCGACACCAGCGAAACUCAGGGGAACUGCUCAUUCUGAAACUGCCCUCGUUGUCACUGGCUCUUCCCAGCUUCGGCCAACAACGACCGGUCAAGUUGUUUCAGAAUCAAAACCUGCUGUCAUUAUGUGGUAUCACAACUACUCGUGCUUGAGCUUCCUUGGCAGUUGGUUGGAGGAAUGGGCAAAGAGUGGCGGUGAUUUGCCUGGCACUGAUGAAGAAACCAUUGCUGAGAUCAUCGGCCUACUUACCGACCUUCUAGCUGUUUUCCAUAGAACCCAAGCCCAGGAAGAUGGUUCUGAACCAAGGAGAAUCUUAGAAUUAGCAAGCGAAGGGCUGAGUGAAAGCAACGAUAUUGUAACUGUGGUCUACAAUAUCCUGGAGAGACAUUUACAAAGUAGUGGAGUAUCUACUGCCCAUGGGUCCCAAGACCUAGUUGUUGCCUGCUUGCGGUUUGCUCGAGUUCUGGUCCCAAUACUGCCUAAUCGAACUUGGCCAUUUUUGUCUCGAACCAGCUUGCUGGACACUGGAGGCCAGGCAGGUCGUUGGAGUGCAAUUGUAUCAGCCACGGAGGUAACAUCUGGCGAAUACCCGUUUCUAAUAAGCUUUGUCGAUCUUUUCGACGCUGUUAUAGAUGACGCUAUUUCAAAUGCCAGUUUCCGAAAAUUAUCGAGUCGAGACAUCAUCAAAGCAGGUGAUGUGUCUGAGAAGAGUGCUGGUGUGCCAUCUCAUGUUAUGAGCAGAGUUCUUUCAAGUUUUGUGCGAGCUAUGGUUGGCAUAUACAACAGUACCGGUAACUGGCGGUUCAACAAAAUGGAAAGAAGGCUACAAGUCGAGACAAUGUUGGCCAAAAAUUUCGAAAAGAUUAUUUAUUAUACACACGGCAUUGAUGGUACCGAGAACAAUCAGUCUAAAAUUUCGAGCAUUCUCCAGGAAUCUGCUGAAUAUAUCCUCGACGUUUUGCGGCCGCAGUCGAACGAUGAGCUACCUUUCAACCCCGUCUUGCGCAUCAUCAUUGACGGGCUUCAAACUCCAACGACGUCUAUUUAUCUCCGCCAUAUUCUUUGUGUCGAACAACAAGUGACAGCUACACUCAAUCUAGCUAUCAAGUUAAUACAAGCAGCACAUCUACUUAAACUGCCUGCUUCAUUACUCGAAGAUCAACUUUUCAAAGCGUCUUCCAUUUUGGUGAAACUAUACAGCUCUCAUUAUCGAUAUCGCUUACCUGUUGUUAUUCUUCUAGAACUGUUGGUAUCACGGGCAGCGGCAGAGUCUGAAAAUGAGCCGCCAUCUCUCCUUGGCCAUCUAGGAUCCGAGUCGACUUGCCUUUUUCUUGAUGUGCUUGCCCAGUUUGACAAGCAUUUGACUGAUAAAGCCCUAUUUAUAUCAAUAUGGCGCCUUCUGUCUGCUUUUGUUAGUAAACGGCAGCAAUGGCUAGCGAUCUACCUUCUCACUGGAAGCUCACCCCGAGAUUCUCUCAAGCUGAGUUCAAGUGGGGAAAAGGUUCCGAAAAUGAGAAGCACGCCUUUCCUUAAAACUGCUCUUGACUCCCUGGCAAACAUCGACCAUAUUGAUGUAUCUAUUGCUCUCGCUCUACUUGAGUUUGUGUCAAGUUCACAAGAACAUUGGCCUUGGGCAACAACACAAUUGGGUGGCCAUUCAAACUUCUUCGGCUCUAUCGUCAAUUAUGUUUGUCGUUUGAAACUCGAAAAUCAACCAGUGACAACGAGUCUAAUAAACAUGACGCAGAUCGCUGCAAUUACUGCCAACUUGUGCGCCAUCUACCUUCACUCAGCAAAGGAAGCUAGGGAUCAAACUUUUAUCAAGAUGCUUAUACCAUUGGUCUUUUGGUAUGCAGAGAACGCUGUCGACGUAUCCGGCUACAAUGCGUCUCUGCACGCCAACUUAAAAAGGAAUUUUGAGACGCGAUACAACGGAUGUCAUCUUGUACAAUUCAAGCGAACGGGACUUGAAAAGCGGCCUCUAGGAAACGACUACUACUACGAUUUGCAUCUAUCGGAGAAACUUUUAUCAUUCGAUUUUUCAUGGCAAGGAAGCAAGGGUCAAGGCUUUGCUAGUGAGUUCGAGCGAGCGAAUCUCAACUUGUCGCUUGUAGAAGCGCAGGUGAACCUGUUUAAUAGCUGGAAGUUCUUUGCGAUUGAGCAUUCUAUAGAUUUCACCCCAGACAAAGAAAUUCAAAAAUCUAUGGCUUUGGUGGUACGAAAUUGUUUGCUUGCAAACAUGCGUCCUCUCCCUGAGGAACCUAUAUUUGCCAAGUUGCAGCAGUCGCGAGUAGACUUUGCAUUAUCGAUUCUCCAGAGGCUCGUUGACGCCGGCGCGGAUGGUCCGGAAGUCGUGGAAUUGCUGUCGGUCGUUUGGGACACAAUGCGGGCUCGAGGCACUACGUACGAGAACGCGUUAAUUCACGACGACACGGAGUACUACCGCAGCCUCCUAAAUGUUCUUUUCCUUGCUCUUCAAUUUCAUAUCGCAUCACCAGCCCUGUCGCAGUCUACCGACAAAAAACUCGAAUUCUCGCCAGACCUAUCUAUUAUCCUAGAAGUCAUCAAAGUUGUGAUAGCACAAGGGUUCCGAUCUCUUACGACAUAUCUACAUGAUGAACCGCAGCGAUGCUCGCCCAAAGAUUUUGCCAUUAUCACCGCCAUCCUUCAAACCGCCUUGAGAGUGAAGGAUGCUGAACGACUUUACGAACAGAUUGUCUUCCAUAUUGAAGACAACGACAGCGCCCGAUAUGCGACAACCCUAUUUUCCUGGGCAGAUCAAUUAACCGUUGAAGGCGAUCCAGUCUAUGGAGAGCUUAGCAUAAUCUUUCUGGUGGAACUCUCCGCUAUUCCAAUGCUGGCUGAAUACCUCGCCGUUGAAGGGGUACUCAUGAAACUUUCGACCAGUCGACUUACCCGCAUCUUAUGUCAAUCAAAAGGUUUUGGACCUUUCGAUCCUGUGCCACGCCUUUACUCCAUCUGGACAGAAGGAAUUUUACCCCUGUGUCUCAAUCUCCUCUUCCAUGUCACUCGUGUGGCUCCGGAAGUAGCAGCAUUCCUAAAUCAAUUUGACGGACGCUUAUCCCUAACCGCCGAGUCAUUUUCAAACGUCCAUGCUACAUCCGCUAGUGUGCAGUCUGGGAAGAAAAUAUCUCAAGCAAUGGCCUCAGAAGCAUACUCCUUGGCACUAAUCUCGUUCAUUCUCGAGCAAUAUCGGUCUGCCGGCCCGAGUGCUGGUGUUGACAGCCAAGCUAUCCAAGAGCUCAAAUGGGACAAGGGACAGCUCAAGGAAGACAUUGAGGAGCUUCUCAGCCGACGAUCAAGCUUACGGGCCCGCAUCGUUGCUACCAGCGACAAGGAGAUGGAGCUCGCGCGUCAAAAACCCCUCGGUGCGUUGUCGGGGGCACAGAAUAGACUUGAAGAAAAGGUCGUGAACGAUUUGACUUCCGCGUUGACUUGUUUAUCUGGUAGGGAGGAGACAUGAACUACAUGAUGGAGUUGCGUAUCUCGCUUUUCUAAUGAGUGGUAGGCGUUGGAUAUGACACAUUUGGAGGAUGUAGAGCCUCUAGAAAUAAAAUGGAAGGGAAUGUAUCUAUACUUUUAUUUACAAUGCAAUAGUUUUUCACCACAUCAUUAAAAAUUGUAAGAGCAAUCAACACUAACAAUAGCUGAUAUCUAUUCCCAACGACUUCCCGUUAGGAAUGGGAUUAUGCCC